GGGGAGUGGGAGGCUGCUUCGUUCUGCUAGUGCGUAUCGGGGCUUGACGAGCCUUGUCAUAUCGUGAGAGAGCGCCUUCCUCUCCGUCUCUCCAUCUCUCUCCAUCACCCGAUCGCAUUCUUGAGCUGUGAGACACAAGGGGGGUGGGUGGGGGGCACCAGAUGGCUGAGCUUCUGCGGGUCCGAAAGAAGCAUCUCCAAACCCCGGUCAGCAGGUUAAGGUGCAUGCUGAAACAGCUCAAUGAGAGCGAUGUGGACUUCGAAGACCUGAAAAAAAACUUAGAAUACACUGCAUCCCUGCUUGAAGCGGUUUACAUCGACGAAACAAGCAGACAGGCUCUUGACCUUAAGGAUGACCUGCAGCAGCUUCGCUCCGACGCUGUGCCCUCGGAGGUGCGGGACUGGCUGGCCUCCACCUUUACACAGAGGCCACAGCGCCCUGCGCGACGCUCCAGUGAAAAGCUCCGGUUUCGCAGCAUCGUCCACGCAGUGCAGGCUGGGAUAUUUGUUGAGAGGAUGUUUCAGAAGGCCUACACCACAGCUCUACCGAACCAGCCGUCAGGAGUGAUUCACCGUCUCCGGGACAUCAACAGGUGGAGUUUCAAUGUAUUUGCGCUGAAUUCGGCGAGUGAAGGACAUUCGCUGCAAACCUUGUUCAUGGAGCUGAUCACAAGAUAUGAGCUCGGUAGCCGGUUUAAGAUCCCCAUUUCAUACAUGCUGUCUUUCUUGUCCGCACUGGAGAAGGGAUACAGCAAACAUGGCAACCCAUACCACAGCCACACCCAUGCUGCUGAUGUCACCCAGACGCUUCACUGCCUGCUGCUCCGCACGGGACUCGUGCACUGGCUGUCUGAGCUGGAGGUCCUCGCAUCCCUGUUUGCUGCUGCGAUCCAUGACUAUGAGCACACAGGGACCACAAACAGCUUUCACAUACACACGCGGUCUGACUUUGCGCUGAUCUACAACGACCGCUCGGUGCAGGAGAGCCACCACGUCAGCGCUGCCUUUCGUCUGCUGCAGGACGAGAGCAUGAACAUUUUCACCAAUCUAUCGCGUGAGGAAUGGAUGGAACUGCGAGCCUUAGUGAUAGAGAUGGUCUUGGCCACAGACAUGUCCUACCACCUCCAGCAGGUCAAAGCCUUGAAAGCCUGCCUACAGCAGCCAGAAGGGAUCGAGAAGCCAAAAGUACUUUCCCUGCUGCUACACACUGCUGACAUCAGCCACCCAACGAAACCCUGGGCUCUGCACUCACGCUGGACCAAGGCGCUCAUGGAGGAGUUCUUCAGACAGGGCGACAAAGAGGAAGAGCUAGGCCUCCCCCUCUCCCCUUUAUGCGAUCGCAAGAACACAUUAGUAGCUGAGUCCCAGAUAGGCUUCAUUGACUUCAUCGUUGAUCCCACCUUCUCCCUGUUGACGGACAUGGCAGAAAAGAUAGUCAUCCCUUUGGUUCAAGAGCAUCCAGACCCACCAGACCCCUCCAAACGGCACAGCUCCCUGUGGAGGGAGAGCUCGAGAGGCCUUGAGUGGAAUGUCGCUCACGUCACGGCGGAGCUCGUCAGCUUCCGCUCCACGUGGAGUCGCCACUCCGAAGAAAACAAGAUGAAGUGGAAGGAAAGAGCAUGCAAUGGGCUGACAGAUCAGAGUUCCAUCGAGGAGCUGUCCUCAAGCACGGAGGACUCCACAGAAGAGCCCACCAAAGACAUCCAGGAGCAAUAACACUAAACGACAGGCAGCACCCACACGCGGAAGUCUGGCCAAAUUACAUGCAUUUCGUCAAAGAAAUACCGACCAAACUGCCUUUCCAUCCUCAGGAACUGUCCAAUGGGAGUGAACGCUUGGAAUCUGUGAGUUCUGAUAGGAGCAUUUCCUUAAUGUUAUUUUUAACCCAAGCUGCCUCUUGAAUGAAAUCACAAACAGUUGCCAUUAUGAUGUCAGUUACAGGAGAUCUCUAACAACACUGCAACUCCUUACCAAAUGGGAAAAUACAUGCUGGUCAUGUUAGCUUUUCUAACACCUAAGAAAGUGUUUUUAUACCAAUGUUGCUAUGUAGUUGAAUCCAUUAUUCCAUUAUUACGCUAACAUAUACUCUCAAUGACCAUUUUAUUACAUACACCUGGGGUCACCAACAUGGUGCCCGCGGGCACCUGGAUGCCCCCAAGGACCACAUGAAUCGCCUGCGGACCUGUUCUAAAAAUAGCACAACUCACCGGUGAGCAGCGUCUAAAAUUUAAUUUUAUCCUGUCGCUGUUCUUCUUUAAUCACGUUUGCAUUUAUAAAGAUUUGAAAAUGACAACAUCUAAAAAAAGCAUUUAAAACAUGUUUAUUAUACAUGAAGGUUAGAUAAGUUUAGGAGGGCGUUUCAAACUGGCAGCCCUUCGUAUGGCUCAGUACCCGCGAAGUAGCUCUCAGUUUCAAAAAGGUUGGUGACCCGAUGACAUACACCUCGCUAGAUCUUGGUAGGACCCGUUCUUACCCUUAUAUGAAGGGUAUAUGGGUUAUGUGUGCAGAGAAGCCAAUCGGUUGUCCUGAGCUGUUAUCUGUGCUCUUGUGUCCUUCCUGUUAGCUUUAACAAGGCUGGCCAAUCCCAUCUGACCACCCUCAUUAACAAGGUGUUUUCAGACACAGAAAUACCAUCGACUGGACGCUUUCCUAUCGCACCACUUUCUGUAAACUCCAGACACUGUAGUGUGCGUGAAUCCCAAGAAGGUGGCUGUUACUGAGAUGCUGGAACUACCACGCCUGGCACCAACCAUUACAGCACAUUCAGAAUUACUUAGAUCAGGCACCUUAGCUGCACAGUAAUUGAACCUCCUGACUCUGAAUGCUGUAUGCAUUCGGUUGUGGCGACAUGAUUGGCUGUUUGGAGCAGCAGGCUGUGUGCAUUAGCAAGGCGGUGACCAUUGAGUGUGUAUAUGAUAUUUUGUGGUUUUUUUAUUUUAUUUAAAAAGCCAUCAUGCAAAUCCCUCAGGGACUCAGUUGCAGUUUUAGCAGCCAAAAAAAUCCCCUGACUGGUAGCUGUACAUGUGAAUGUAAAUUUUUUAUUUAUUUUUCACUUCAUAUGUUUUCUACUGAAUAUAAAAUUUUGAAAAAAAAAUGUAUCAUAUUGUUUCUGUAUUACAACAUAUUUCUAAUAGAAAAAGUAUUCCAUAAAUACUUUUAUAUACCUGCAUUUACAACUCACUUUAGAUUUUUCUACUUGUAUAAAAACUUAGGCAAAAAAUGUUUGGGGUUUUUCUGUAACCUGUGUCUGUUAAGAUGCAGCUUGUCUAGAUCCAGUCUAUCGCACUGUGAUCCUGACAUGCAAUGGUACUGAAAUUACUCACGCUGAAAUGAGUCAUAGAUUACUUUCCAAUCAGCAGUAAGUAAUUGCCGAGUCUUACAAUCAAAAGAUGAAAUCAUAAGUUGAUAUUGUUUAACUGCAUAUUCCUCUUUGGAUCUCAAUAACCUGGCUUCAUUUAACCUGCAUUUCAAAAUAAUAAAAAGUUAUGCUGUU